AUGGCUACUCCCCCGCCCGAGGGCACUACCGCUGUUCUGAAAGCAGACAAGCCGUUGCUGCCGCCGACAGUGACUGGUUUGCCCGCCGAUUCUCCUAUUAAUAGAUCGCCUGAUUCUUUACCAAAUGGCAUUUCACUUUCUGAGAAGACAGGUCUCACUUCAGCUCCUGUGCAGAGCACACUAGAGGAAGAGAAAGAGUCGACCCCUACUGUGAACGGACACUCGACUAGUCAGCCUCCUCUCACAAACGGAACAAGCCCACAUAUCGAAACUUCCACUCCACCAGCAGAUGAUUUGAAUCAGUCGAACGACUUGAAGGAAUCCGAAGGUUUGAAUCAGGGAAGAGGAGAGGCAACACCAGUACCUCCUGUGAAAUCUGAAGAAGAUUCGAAACCAGCGCAGCCUCAAGAGAGCGCCGCACAACCUUCAGUAAUGGAAGAACCCAAGGAUCUUCCGUUGAGGGACAACGUCGAGCCUCAACAGUUCACUGAGACGUCUGCUGCCGUUACUGAUUCUCUGGUUGAGUCGGCUCCUAUCAAGGAGCCAUCAGAACUCGCCCUUCCGCCGACAGAUAUCGAGAUGAACGACGCCCCACUGUCCCCGACCAAAGUCUCGCGCGAGCGGGAGUUGGAUAUGGAAGACGAGCCCGCUGCGAAACGCGCCAAAGUGGAUGACGAUGUACCCAUGGGAGAUGGCAGCUUUGAGAAGGCGGAUAUAUCUGCCUCGACAGAAGCCGCACCAUCUGCACCCACUCAAACAUCCACGGGUAUUACACCUGUACAGCACAAAUUCUUGGCUAAGCAAUUGACGAACCUCAAACGAUCUAACGACGCACGAUUCUACCGAGAGCCCGUAGAUCCCAUCAAACUUAAUAUUCCUAGCUACUUCACCAUUAUUACCCAACCGAUGGAUCUGUCGACAAUCGAGGGCAAGCUGAAGAAGAACCAAUACAACGCCGUUGCAGAAAUUGUGGCGGAUGUUGAUUUGAUGGCUGGAAACGCAGCUAAAUUCAAUGGUCCAGACCAUAUCGUCGCGCAAGAAGGCCAGAAACUGAGGGCUCUCUUUGCAAAGCAGCUGGAAAAGCUUCCGAGACCUGAUGAGGUAGAGGAAAAGAAGCCCAAGAAAAUUGUACCUCCAAAGGAGCCUGCUGCGCGCCGUGAAUCUCGAGUCAUCGCACAACCUGCUCCUCCCAAACAAACUAGUGCUUCUCCCACAUUUGCACUGAACCCUGAAGGUCUGCCAACUAUUCGCCGUGAUUCUACCAACCCUGACGGACGCCCGAAGCGUGCUAUCCAUGCUCCGAAACGGGAUCUGCUCUAUUCUGCGAAACCGAAGAAGAAGAAGUUCCAGUGGGAACUCAAGUUUUGCCAGGAGAUUUUGGAUGAAUUGCAUAAACCCAAGUACUGGGCUGUUGCAAGUCCCUUCUACUUUCCAGUCGACCCUGUGGCUUUGAACAUCCCAACCUAUCACAGCGUCAUCAAGAAGCCCAUGGACAUGUCUACUGUUCAAACCAAACUGAAAGCUGGGCAGUACGAGAAUGCCAAGGAAUUCGAGACGGAUGUUCGUUUGAUUUUCAAAAACUGUUUCAAAUUCAAUAUUCCUGGAGAUCCAACCUACGUGGCCGGACAAAAAUGCGAGGAAGUUUUCAACAACAAGUGGGCUGCAAAGGCGCGAUGGGUCGAACAGCAUGACCCAGAUAGCCACAAUCAAAGCGGGUCUUCUGAUGAAGAGAGCGAAGAAGAAGAGAGCGAGGCUGAUGAGGACCAGGAGAAGCUUCAAGCUCUUCAACGACAGAUUGCUGAGAUGUCAAAGCAGGUUGAAGCAAUUACGCAGAAGAAGAAGAAGACUCCUCCUGCAUCCAAGAAAUCUGGAAAGUCCAAGUCUGGCAAGAAAGAUUCUAAGAAGAGUUCUAAGGGAGACAAGAAGUCCAAGAGUGGCAAGUCUGAGAAACGUCAUGUCACAUACGCAGAGAAGCAAAUGAUUUCGAACGGAAUCAGCACUUUGAACGAUAAGAAGAUGCAAGAAGCUCUUCGAAUUAUUCAGAAUAACGUCCCGUCCCUCAAGGGUCUUCAGGAGACCGAGAUUGAGCUUGAUAUCGACGAGCUUCCCAAUGACGUGCUCGUCAUGCUGCUCAAGUUCGUCAAGAAGAACGCUCCACAGGUCAUGGACGAUGAGGAUAUGUCCGCUCCAGUCUCGGCGAAUGUCCAGGCCAAGCCCAAGAAGAACAAGCCCAUGAGCAAAUAUGAACAAGAAGCCCAGAUCAACAUGCUUGAGGGUAGUCUUUCCCGAUUCUCGGGCGGUAAUGGUACACGAUCACCAGAGCCUGUUAACUCCGUUGAAGAUGACGAUAGCUCUGAUGAUUCCAAUGACGACUCUGAGGAGAGUGAAGAGGAGUAA